AUUGUGUCUGGAGUUAAGUACAUAAUGGAAGUUGAGAUUGGCCGGACAACUUGCCCAAAGCCAGCAGCUGAUCUCCAGAGCUGUGCUUUCCAUGAUGCACCGCAGAUGGCUAAGCACACCAUUUGCAACUUCGUAGUGUACACUGUUCCUUGGCUAAACCAAAUUAGACUACUGAGCAGUAGGUGCCAGUAA